AUGACCCAACCUCGAUUUCCCGCACUCAGGGACUUCUUUCAGGAGCGGCCUCGUAAGAUAUCCUACAUAAACGUUCCCACGGCCGACUCGGCCAGCGACAUUCAGGAGGACGCAAAUGAGGCAGGGCCUCGUGUGUGCACAAAGUCGACCACCAGCCUGAGCCUAGGCGCUCUCGCGGGCUUCUUCAGCGGCCUUUUCUUUGCCCUAAUACUUGUUGUAUUUGUGCUCUGGUCGCAGGAGGCGGCCGGCGCAUCGUCGCACGCGCUGCGAGGGACUGUCGGCCCCAGCGUCCAGGUCUCAGGCCCAAACGCAGCGGAAUACUUGUCUGACAUUACGGAUCCGCCGCCACUGCUGAACCUCAGCUGCGGUGAAUCCGUUGAGGAGGCGCGGCGGGCGGGCUGCGUCUUUGAUCUUCUAUCCACGGCGUGGACACCAGCCGAGUGUGUUGACACAGGCAUGGUGGAUGAGUUUGUCAACAUUGUGACAAGCGAUGGCGCGUGGCCCUACUACUACGACAAGGAGGGGACCCAACCAGCCAAAGACAUUGAGUGGCUGCGCAGCGGCGAGUGGUUUGGCCAAGAACUGUGGUCGACCAUGCGGCUGCACAGACAUCACUGUAUGUUCACAUGGCGGCGGAUGCACAUUGCCUACAAUGGGGGACCGCAAGUCGACACGGUCAUCCGGGGGCUGCGACACACCAAGCACUGCGCCAAGAUGAUGAUGCUUGACGUUGACCCGGAUAAGGUCUCAGGCGUGCAGAAUGUGUACUUCAGGAGCUGUUGA